AUGGAAUCAUCCGUCUAUUCUGGUGCAACCACCGAUAGCUUGAAAGAGCUUUGGCAUUCAUUCGAGCGAGCAUGGAUGGAGUCUCUCACUGAGCCGCCGACAGAUAUCGUCGACAGAGUGGCUGCUACCCUAGAAGACGCCAUAUGCUGGCUACGAUCCCAUAGUCCCCAGGUUUUCCUGCCGCGACACAGAGGCCCCGGCAUCUGUCAAGCCCCGAAGAAGGAGAUCGUCUCGACUUCAGCCGGGUCGCAUCUUUUACCUGCAGGAUCACCCUUGACCCGGCCGUCCACGGACUCCAUGGACGGAAUUGAUCCUCCAUUGCCGGAAGAUCUUAUAUGGUCAAGACUGCACCAGCCAGAAAAAGUUUCGCCGAAACGAGACAAUAACCAAGGACCCUUGGAAACAGGCGGAGGCUCAGCACCACGAGAAAAUGCUCAUAUAUUUCAAGCCUGUCGGAGAAGCAUGCAGGUGUUGACACCCACGAUCACGGACAAUCCAGGUUCCCCUGAUACUAGAAAUGGCACGGUUCCUCUCACGAUUGGAACCAGUGACGAGGCUGGCGAAGCAUAUGAAUCUCACGCACACUGCCAUUCCAGUGGCAGCCCCAUGUUGGCUGGACCAAAUGCCGGGCGCGUGUGUUCAACGGGAGUAGAACCACCUGGUCGGUCACCUCGUAAUGCCGCCUGUAACGUGCAACAACCAGAAGAUCAGGAGCGCGGACAACGAGCAGGAAGACCGUUCCUGAGGGAAGAGAUCAAUGAUCCGGACGACGGCGGGGUCGAGGAAGAGGAGGAGCUCGGCACACGUUCCGCGAAUGGAAGGAAAAGAACAUGUACCAAUCGAACCUUUCACUCACCACAAAAGACGGCGAAGAUGGAGCACACUCCUGAAGGGUUGGCUGAGCGGUUUGGGACGAAUGAUCGGGGUGCGCUUAUCUCUACAUUGAGAGAAGAGUGGGAAGAUAUUACUUCUUCGCAGCUUUUAUCGGAUAUGGACACGACCGCACCGAUUGGCAUGUCCCAAAGCCCCGACGUACCAAGCUUCGUCAACUUUAUCCUUCAACAAGGUCGUCAACUGGAAAGGAACUCCCUGAGAGGCGAAGUCCAAAGCUUGAAGAAUCGAAUAGACUUUGCACAUUACUAUCAGCUUUACGUGGCCGCCUCCAACGAUACCCGGAAAGGCGCCGACUCUCCCUUCUUGGCCUGGAUGCGGGAGUGGUAUCGACGACGUAACAGGUCGCAGUCCCUGGUGAUGAGCCGAGGCAAGGGUGCGUCUACAGUGGUCAAGGAUUGUCUUGUCGACCUUCAUCUCUCUGAUUCAAGGUUUAAGGGUGUGUCCCUGCGAAGUAUGAGGCGCAGAGUCGAAAAAUGGCGUGCCAUCGGGGGAUUUUGGUCCAAGUUGAUCGAAGGCUUUGGACCUGGCAUGUUACUUCUGGCCCCUUCCUGCGAGCCAGACUCCCGGUAA